AUGAAAACCCGACGUCAUACUACUGAUUCUCGUAUAACUUCAUCACAUAAUGAAGGUAUUAAUACAUCUCCACCAACAUCAUCUGAUCAACAAUCAACUGAAACAUCACCAACUCAAGAUGUUAUUCAAAACGUUCCAAAGUCUGAUGUUUGGCAAUAUUUCGAAAGGUGUACUUCAACUGGACCUUUAAAAGCAAGAUGUCUACUGUGCCAACAUGAAUUAUCUACACCGAACUAUGGAACAUCAACUCUUAAACGUCAUCUGGUACAAGUACAUGGUAUAAAACAAUUUGAUUCAGCUGAUGCACCAAGUUUUUCGACCACAUCUAUCAAAUUAUCAAAAUCAGAAAAAAAAGCAUUAGAUUUAUUAGCUGUAAAUGCAAUCAUUCAAGAUGGUAGAGGAUAUGGUGAUUUUCAGAAAACUGGCAUUAAAAAAUUAAUUGAUGCUUUGAAACCAGGUUAUAAACCACCUCAUCGAAAUACCGUGGUAAAAGAACUGAAACGUCUUUAUCGUCACCAUUCUAAUCGGACAAAAGUUGAAUUUGAAGAAGCUAAAUAUUUAUCUAUUACUUGUGAUUUUUGGAAAGACCGAAAAAAGAAUUCAUAUCUAGUAAUUACAGGACAUCAUAUUGACAAAAAAUUCGAUCAACAUUCGAAAAUAUUACAAUUUAUGAAAUUUGAAGAUCGUCACUAUUCAAUAUUGAUUGCAAAUGAAAUUGAAAAUCAAUUAAUUAACCUGAACUUGUAUGAUAAACUAGUCACCAUCACGUGUGACGGCGCGCCUAACAUGCGCGAUAUGUUUAGUUAUUUUACUCGUCGAAAUAUAAAAUAUAUACAUUGUACUGCUCACAAAUUACGUUUAAUCAUAUGCAACAGUUUGAAUCUCUGGGUUGCAUCAAAAAAAAAAAGAAAUACAACAGAUGGUGAAGAAGGUAUUGAAACUGGUACAAUGGAAGAUGUUGAAGAUGAAGCUCAAAUUAGUUUAAAUCAGAUGGUGAGAACGAUGUCCUUUGAUACUGUUUCAUUAUCUAACGAAGUAACCAAUGAUGAUAGUGGAAGUGAUGGAACAUCAAAAGAAGAUGAUGAUGUCAGUGGUGAAUUAGAGUCGAAUGAUCAAUUGAUUGAUGCAACAUCAGACGAAGAAUGGAUAGAUGAGGAAGAUGACGAUGAAGCAACUGAUAAUUUUAUUGAAGGAAUUAAUACCGAAGAAACAUUACUUGAUUAUAUACCACAAAUGGUUAAAGAUACGAUUGAUAAAACACGUGAGAUUGUUAAUACAAUUAAAGGAUCAUCAAUAUUAACUAGUUUUAUUGAAAAACAAAGAUUAAAUUUUAAUGUACGUGUUAACAAAAAGAACAAAAUCAAACGACGUUUGGUAAUUGAUGUAAGAACACGAUGGAACAGUACCUAUAAGAUGCUGCAUACAGUUAAUCUCUAUCGUGGUUUUAUUAAUGAUAUGUUCAAAUCAAAAGGAAGUCUUGAUCUUUCAGCUAAACAACGAAGAAAAUUAACACGUGUUGAACUAUCAAGUGAUGAAUGGGAUCUUUUAAAUUUGAUUAUUAGUUUAUUACAUCCAUUUUAUUCAGCCACAAAAGUUUUAAGCAAUACAAAAUAUCCAACUGUUGGAUCUGCAUUAUAUCUUAUGAAAAGUCUAGAAGAACAUCUUACAAAAGAAGAUAAUAAUGAAAUUUUAAAUGCUUUAAAACAAAUUGUAUUGAAUAAAUUUCAACAGUAUAUUAUUGAUGAUGUAGAACAAUUUAAUACGUUAAAAUUAUAUUCAUAUUUUGAUCCAACUGGUUUUUCGGCUCUUACAAGAGUUGAACAAACAAUAAUUGAAAAAGAUAUAACAAAAUUAUAUAAAAAUUUAUUCUUAUCAUCAGAAACUUCUUCGUCAUCAUCAAAUCAACAAACGAAAAAAAUAACUAAUAUAGACAAAGCUUGGCAAGGUUUUCUUAGAUCUACUAACAAGAAUUUACUUCAAGAACCAAUCGCAACAUCUACCAUUCAAUCAGAUAUAAAAAGAUAUCGAAAUUUGGCAACUAAAUUGUACGUAUGA